AUAUUGACUGUGUUCUCCCAACCCAGUGCCAAGGAUGUUUGUGCGUGCCUGGCACCACUGCUGUUACAUCGCGGUCGUUGUCGUCAACGUCGUCGUUGUCGUUGUUAUUCUUAUUAUCGUCGUCAACGUUGCUCCCGUCGUUGAAUAGUAAUAGUCAUUGACGUGCAGAGAUAUCGAAUAGUUCAGGACACGGUGAUAACAUUUUGACAGAAUUGACACUUUCUGUUCGCGAGAUGUCAAAUCAAAUAUGUCUAAAAUGGAACAGUUUUUUAAACAACAUAGCAACGAGUUUCGAAAGUCUCUGGGAAGAGGAAGGUUUAGUAGAUGUGACAUUGGCAAGUGAUGGACAGUGUCUUACUGCUCACAAAGUGAUUCUCUCAGCAAGUAGUCCAUUCUUUAAAAAAGUUUUCCAGACAAACCCUUGUCAACAUCCAGUCAUAAUACUUCAAGAUGUGCACUUUAGCGAACUAGAAGCCUUACUUAUAUUUAUAUAUAAAGGAGAAGUAAAUAUCGAGCAAAAGAAUUUGCCAGCGCUUUUAAAAGCUGCAGAGACACUGCAAAUUCGUGGUCUUUCGGGAGGGGAUAUAUUUGCUAAGGAAUCUUAUAAAAGAUUAGUGGAAUUGGAACAAGCGGUGGAAGAAGGAGCAGCUACUGCCAAGGAAGAAACUCCAAAAAAAAAACAAAAAUUAAACAAACAUCAGAAUUCUAUAUUAGAAUCAGCACUGACACCUAAAGUAUCGCAAGUAGAGAGCACGGAUGAAUCUACGACCAGUGAACAGAGUGGCAAAGAGGGAGAUUAUUUAUUGCAGAAAAAUAUGCAAAAUCCGAUAUAUCAUCGUUUAGAAAUGAAGAUAGAACCAUUAGAAACUGUGCUAGAAGAUUCUCAAAAACAAUCUGCAACGGACAAGGACCCAACAGAAAGGUUAGACACAGGGCAACUCGUUGGGAGUCAAGGAUCAUCGAAGCCGAAUGUAACCGUAAUCGCCGACGCACGAGAGACUUCGACUCCUUCGUCCGAGCCAGAAACGCGCGCGAGAUUUCCCAUUGACCUUGAUCGAACUCCACCUUGGAAUACUUAUCGACACUCGGACGAACUUCACUUGCCGAAUCAUUUGUAUUCGGAAUCGAUGCCCGAUCAACAGGAAUCUACAUCAAACAUUCUCGUGGAACGAGAUGCAAGAGUUCUGCAUUCCGUAUUUCCAACUUGCCCUGGCACCGCUGGCAAUUCAGAAUUCCCCGAAGAGACCGUCAAUGGCGUCACAGCGUAUCCACCAUUUCCGUGUCCGUUCUGUGAUAGAGCGUACACGAGUUGGGGUUUUCGUCGAAGGCACAUCAAAGCCGUGCACACGAUUUCGCCAUCCUUAAACUGCAAAUGGUGUUUACAGGUUCUUCCUACGCAUGCGGCUUGGAGACGUCACGUAAUAUUAGCGCAUAAUCUGUCUGCGAGCGACGCACAUAAUGGGCUCCUAAUUUUAGAGGAAGCGCAUAUGGUUUUACAAAUUGCGCGCCCCACCAGGUUAGAUACUUUAGUUAACAUAAUUAAACAAAAUUCCCAACAGAAUAGCAAUCCCGAGAAUUCCCAGUCGGACAAAGAUUGAAUUGGAAGAUUGGAUCGUGAUAUAUCGACCUGCCCGGGUCGUUCUCCAAAUCGUUUACUCGUAGUCGAAACUUUGCUAUCGACGGACGGUUUUGGAAGGGCAGUUACGCUGUACAGGAUUACGCGAUAGAACAUUGUUUAAGUUAUUCUCGUUCGUAGAAAAUACGUCAAUGAACCAAAUUUUCCACAACACCUAAUCGUCUUUUUUAUAUACGUAUAUUUUCGUUGUAUAUAUCGCUUUUAUAGUCAUUAUCAAUGGCCAGUAUCACGCUGUCGAGCGUGAGAUAUUUUUAUUGUUGUAUUAAUUCAAUUUUUGUAAAAAAGCAAAUAAAUAUUUUAUGUAUGAUAAAGUAUUUCUUCCGCUGUUUCGAGCUGCUGUAUUGCGUUCACUUUAAGGAAACGAGACACAAGCGUAUGGUUUAAAAAAUCAAAUCGUUAUGUUCUUUUUUAAUUCUUUAUUUUUUAAAAUCUUGGUAACAUUCGUGCAUCAGUCAGUUGACAUUUUUAUAAAUACUAUAUAUGUACUUCGUAAAAGUGACAGGAGUUUCGUGCUAUGCAAUAGAACCGGUCGUGCAGGGUGCACUUUGUUGAUAAUAAUUCGAUUUUUUCGCGAAUGAGUAUCAUUGCGUGCAAUGAAGCGUAUGAAAGCGAAUUUAAACAUAAACCCUUAAGUACCUUUGGCAUCCUGUUCAUUGUAUCAUAUUCUCGUACAUUGUUGUAACUUUUUUUAAAAAAUGAUUUCCUGUUAUUAUUAUUAUUUCUUUCGUUUUGUAAUAAUGUAAACACCCGUUAACGGUUGAACAAGAGUGUAUGUUUGCGUGUAUGUGUGUGUGUAUAUUUGUCGAGGCCAAUAAAAAAAUAAUGGUCAUAUAUCGCACAUUGGUAAGGAGCAUUGCUAACUGUUGGAGAAGACAGGCAGAUAGAAAAACGAACCAUUCGAUGAAAAUUAUCGUA